AAUGUACAAUCUUUUUUGGGGUCAAAUAAUCUAUUCAUCUUCAUAAUGAAUGAGAUUCAUGUUCUUUUUUUCUUUCCAUUCUUUGCAGUAUAGAAUCUCAAAUAUACACUACAACGUAACAAGUGGUUACCAGUACUUCAUACCAGACAAGUCGGCUCCUGUCUACAUAACUGUUGGAGAUGGAGGGAACCAAGAAGGUCUUGCUGGAAGGUUUAGAGAUCCACAACCAGAAUAUUCUGCAUUCCGAGAAGCGAGCUAUGGGCAUUCGACACUGGAGAUUCAUAACCGGACACAUACACUUUACCACUGGAACCGCAAUGAUGACGGGAAGAAAAUGGCAACUGACGCAUUUGUAUUGCAUAACCAGUAUUGGUGAGUGUAGUCAUGCAUU